AUUUAGGCCAUUAGAAGAGGACUAGUUUCAACGCCACCAAGCCACAUGAUAGGAGACGAAAGAGAUAAUUUGAGGGUGAAUGCUUGGAUCAGAGGAGGAAAGAAAAAUGGAUUUUUUGUAAGGCCAAGGCUAUUCAUGCCGUAUUACGAAGAAAUCAAGUCCUUGGUGGAAGAACAGAUGAUUCAGGAAGCUGAUCUAGUGAGAUUACGAAGGCCACGAUACGUAGCAGAUAUACCGGAUGCGUUGUACAUGGUUGAGGAGAAACCACGAGCCAUGGGUACCGCCGGUGUUGAUGUCCUUGCAGCUGCAUUUCCAGGUAUUAUAUUAAAUUAUUACAAAUUUGAAACUAAUAUUAUGAACUUA